UUCAUAUCUGGAGCAACACACUCAAUUUGAAUUAAAAAUGAAGGUUUUCAUCGCAGUCGUUGCCCUAACCCUUGCGGUUGCCUCCCAAGCAUCGUACAUUCCGGAGGCGGCUGCCUAUUCGUCGUGGCCAGUUAGUACCUCUGUGUGGCCACCGAACGGAGUCUAUGGAAAAGGACUUCACAACGACUGGUCGUACGCUAAUGCCAACAACUGGAACGCUUAUCCUUCUGUCAACUCGUGGUCUUCUGCUUGGACUCCCUACGGAUACAACAAUGGCCUCUAUGGUCGCAAGACCGUUGUCCAAGCCAAUGUGGCCAAGUCAGCGUAUCCAUGGGGACUGCCCUGGGGAACUUAUGGCAAUGCUGCUUGAGUCUACGGUUGGGGACACAAUGGUGGCUAUCUGUCAUCGGUGCCAGUGUCCAAGCAGAUUGCUGCCCCUAAUGGAUUGGUUUAUGCCGCACCAUCAGUUCCAUAUGUUGGACAGAAGUUGAUUGUUGCUUAAAAUGUGAAGGUCGAAAUAAAAGCUUUUGGAAUUUGUAAUA